AUGGUAACGGGGUCCCCUGAUGACGAGCCUGAGCCUGGGUUCGAGGUCAUUUCCUGUGUGGAGCUGGGGCCGCGGCCAGCCGUGGAGCGGGCGCCUCCGGUCACAGAGGAGGAGUGGGCCCAGCAUGUGGGCCCUGAGGGCCGCCUGCAGCAGGUCCCCGUGCUAAAGGCCCGGAUCUUCUCAGGGGGUCUGAGCCCCGGCUUGAGGCGCGAGGCUUGGAAGUUCCUCCUGGGGUAUCUGAGCUGGGAGGGCUCAGCCGAGGAGCACAAAGCCCAUGUGCGUAAGAAAACGGACGAGUAUUUCCGCAUGAAGCUGCAGUGGAAGUCCGUGAGCCCGGAGCAGGAGCGGAGGAACUCGCUGCUGCACGGCUACCGCAGCCUCAUCGAGAGAGACGUGAGCCGCACUGAUAGAACCAACAAAUUCUAUGAAGGUCCCGAGAACCCGGGGCUGGGCCUGCUGAAUGACAUCCUCCUCACCUACUGCAUGUACCACUUCGACCUUGGCUAUGUCCAGGGUAUGAGUGAUCUCCUCUCCCCGAUCCUCUACGUCAUUCAGAAUGAGGUGGAUGCCUUCUGGUGCUUCUGCGGCUUCAUGGAGCGCGUGCACGGGAACUUUGAGGAGAGUCAGGAGACGAUGAAGCGACAACUCGGACAACUCCUGCUUCUCCUGAGGGUGCUGGACCCGCCGCUCUGUGACUUCCUGGACUCCCAGGACUCUGGCUCUCUCUGCUUCUGCUUCCGGUGGCUGCUCAUCUGGUUCAAGAGGGAAUUCCCCUUUCCGGAUAUCCUUCGGCUGUGGGAGGUGCUAUGGACAGGGCUCCCUGGCCCCAGCCUGCACCUGCUGGUGGCCUGUGCCAUCCUGGACAUGGAGCGUGACACCCUCAUGCUUUCUGGCUUUGGCUCCAAUGAAAUCCUCAAGCACAUUAACGAGCUGACCAUGAAGCUGAGCGUGGAGGACGUGCUGACGCGGGCGGAGGCCCUCUACCGGCAGCUGACCGCCUGCCCGGAGCUGCCCCACAAUGUGCAGGAGGUCUUGGGUCUCGCACCGCCUGCAGAGGCCUGUAGCCCCUCGCCCCCUGCCUCUCCACUCCCAUUGUCUCCCACCCGGGCCCCACCCGUCCCUUCAUCCCCUGUGGACACAGCCCCGCAGCCAGACAGCAGCCUGGAGAUCCUGCCGGAGGAGGAGGACGGCACUGAUUCCUAACCAGCUGGGCAGGCAGCCCUCUGGGCACAGGCACUUUAUCUUGCUCUGGAGUGUGAGGAGGCGCAGAGCGCCCCGCUGCGCCCUUCUAACUAGCUGGUUUCGUUAAAACUACUGCUGCUCUGCCCAGCUGACGUCACAUAGGUGGAGGAAGGAGGCUGCCACUUCGGCUUGGACCUGGGGAGGGGGGUGGCUCCUGGGCCCCUCUGACCACUGCGGAGCUAGGAUGUGGCCACGUGGCUUUAACCUGGCCAGUGAGACUCAAAAGAGGAAGUCCUUGGGUGAGUGGUGGGAUUGUGGAGGCAGGGCUUCCUGAGCUGUUGGGCGAGUGAGGCUGGGGAGUGGCGCGUGGCUGUCACCUAGUAGUGUUGCGUGGACACAUCCCCAACUUAACCGAGAUGGGAGGGCUGCAGAGCUGCUCAAACACUAGGGACCCUGCCUACCAACCUCUUGUUAUGUGAAGAAAAUAAACUCUAACCCACUGUCA